CCCCCCCCCGCCCCCCAGGCCACUGAGCGGUGAGCAAACAAGUCUCCAAAUUUUCCUUCGGGACUGAAGUUUACCCACCGCGAAUUCUCUUUCUCUUUCCUUUCUCUGGUCCAAACCAACAGCGCAGUCGGUGGCGAAGCAAAAAGCCACGUUCACGUUCCUGCACCGUAAUGACGGGCGAAUUGAAGGAGUAGCAUUUCCAAGCCCAGGAAGCCCUGGCUGCCCCGCACCCCCGGCGUCCCCUCCCCCUCCCCCAGCUGACUGCAACGCCUUUGGGAAGAUGAAUAGCUUGGCUGAAGUUGUUUUUCCUUUCCGGUGGCCCUGAUCAGGUGUCCCCGCCCCCUCCUGCCGUUCGCCCUCCCUCGCAGCCUGCUCCCGACACCCCCCCGCCCCGGCCCGGCCCCUCCUCCCCCGCCCCCCUCCGGGCUGGACCGCGGAUGGUACGUUCCGCACGUGAGCUGGGUGCUGGUCUGGCCGGCGACGCGCGUGCCCUGUGGCCAAACACUGCCCGGAGUGAGAGCAAACUACCAGCGCAGUGGGGCCGGCGCGAGUGUGCGUGCGUGUGUGUGCGUGUGUGCGAGAGAGCGAGCGCGGUGGGAGGGGGGGGGGAACCAACUGCUUCACACUUUCAACACUGCACUGAAGAAGGGAGAGAGAGAGAGACUGGAGACGCACAGAUCCCCCCAAGAUCUCCCAAAGCUAUCGUCCCACAGAUUAUAAAACAGAACCCCAAAAAUCGAAACAGAGGAAACGGACAGCGGUUGAACAUGGACGAAGGAAUUCCUCAUUUGCAAGAGAGACAGUUACUGGAACAUAGAGAUUUUAUAGGACUGGACUAUUCCUCUUUGUAUAUGUGUAAGCCCAAAAGGAGCAUGAAGCGAGACGAUAGCAAGGAUACCUACAAAUUACCGCACAGAUUAAUAGAAAAGAAAAGAAGAGAUCGAAUUAAUGAAUGCAUUGCUCAGCUGAAAGAUUUACUGCCUGAACAUCUGAAGUUGACAACUCUGGGGCAUCUGGAGAAAGCGGUAGUAUUGGAAUUAACUUUGAAACACUUAAAAGCUUUAACAGCCUUAACCGAGCAGCAGCAUCAGAAGAUAAUUGCUUUACAGAAUGGGGAGCGAUCUCUGAAAUCGCCCAUUCAGUCCGACUUGGAUGCGUUCCACUCCGGAUUUCAAACAUGCGCCAAAGAAGUCUUGCAAUACCUCUCCCGGUUUGAGAGCUGGACGCCCAGGGAGCAGCGGUGUGUCCAGCUGAUCAACCACUUGCACGCCGUGGCCACCCAGUUCUUGCCCACCCCUCAGCUGUUGACUCAACAGGUUCCUCUGAGCAAAGGCACUGGCGCGCCCUCGGCCGCCGCCCCCGCAGGGUCUGCGGCCGCCCCCUGCCUGGAGCGCGCCGGGCAGAAGCUUGAGCCCCUCGCCCACUGCGUCCCGGUCAUCCAGCGGACUCAGCCCAGCGCCGAGCUCGCCGCCGAGAACGACACGGACACCGACAGCGGCUACGGCGGCGAGGCCGAGGCUCGGCCGGACCGCGAGAAGGGCAAAGGCGCCGGGGCGAGCCGCGUCACUAUCAAGCAGGAGCCCCCCGGGGAGGACUCGCCGGCGCCCAAGAGGAUGAAGCUGGAUUCCCGCGGCGGCGGCGGCCUGGGGGGCGGCGCGGCGGCGGCGGCGGCCGCGCUCCUGGGGCCCGACCCGGCCGCCGCGGCAGCGCUGCUGAGACCCGACGCCGCCCUGCUCAGCUCGCUGGUGGCUUUCGGCGGAGGCGGGGGCGCGCCCUUCGCGCAGCCCGCGGCCGCCGCGGCCGCCGCGGCCCCCUUCUGCCUGCCCUUCUACUUCCUCUCGCCUUCGGCGGCCGCCGCCUACGUGCAGCCCUUCCUGGACAAGAGCUGCCUGGAGAAGUACCUGUAUCCGGCGGCGGCCGCCGCCCCGUUCCCACUACUGUACCCCGGCAUCCCCGCGCCAGCAGCCGCCGCCGCCGCCGCCGCCGCAGCCGCCGCCGCCGCCGCCUUCCCCUGCCUGUCCUCGGUGUUGUCGCCCCCUCCCGAGAAGGCCGGCGCCGCCGCCGCGACCCUCCUGCCGCACGAGGUGGCGCCCCCUGGGGCGCUGCACCCCCCGCACCCGCACGGCCGCACCCACCUGUCCUUCGCUGGCGCCCGUGAGCCCGGGAACCCGGAGAGCUCUGCUCAGGAAGAUCCCUCGCAGCCAGGAAAGGAGACCCCCUGAAUCCUCGCCCUCUUUCUUAGGACGAGGGUUCACGCGGAAUAAUAAUAUUAAUAAGUUAAAACACCCUUAACGUUUUUAAGGGAGGAAGUGUAAUAGAUGCACGACAGGCUUUUAAAACAACAACAACACAGGUGUUUUGUGUACAUUUGGAGUUCCUGUUUUGCUCAUCCCUCACCACCCCACCCUCCGCACACUAACAUCCUUUUCUUCCCCCACCGGCUCUAAAAGAUCCUCUGCGGUAUUGAUACUUUAUCCUUUAAAGAAUUUCCCCCCAAAUAAGUUUUGCCUUCCUUUAGGCCAUGUUCCAUUGUUUUUUGAAAUACAGAACCUAAUUCUGGAGGAAGUGAGAAGGGUCUGCUGUGUGGGUGAGCUAAUUGAACCAGGGGAGGAGCAAGGUGGCCCAGGAGUUGACCUGAACGGCAGGUAGGCAGUUGUUAUCUGCCUGCCUCAUGUGUGCCCUGCCUGCUUCAGGAGGCUUUCCACAAACAGUGAGGACCUUUUAGAACUGAAUUUACUCUUCAGUAUUUUAUAAUGUUCAGCUUUUUAAAAGGUAUAUAUUUUUCAAAGAGGAAGAAGUGAGGAUGCAGUCACUUGCGUUGCAACCUAUUCUGAAGUGGUUUGAAUGGUAUCCCUUAGUAACUUGCUCUUGUUUAAAGAGACACGGAGUUGGGCCAUUGUCAGAACUAAGUCAGGGAAGGAGAUGGAUGAGGAAGGCCGGAAUCAUUCUUGGUACAUUUACUAGCACUUUAUUGAGAAAUUGACCGUGAAUCAAUUGACUUGUCUUAAUUUCAUAUAUAUAUAUAUAUAUAUAUAUGUAUAUA